AUGAAGGCGUUGUUUGAAUCUCAAGAUAUUUGGGACAUAGUCGAAAGAGGCUAUGUAGAAGCCGAAGAUAGAGAUAUUCUUAUGGCGCAACAACGAGAGACUUUGAAGAAAGACAAGAAGGCUCUCUACUUCAUCUACCAAAGCCUAGAUGAGGCCGCUUUUGAGAAGGUUGCAAGUGCUACCAAUUCCAAGCAAGCAUGGAAGAUUUUACAAAAUUCUUGCAAAGGUGUAGAAAAGGUGAAGAAGGUUCGCCUCCAAAGCUUGAGAGGCGAGUUUGAAGCUUUGCAAAUGAAGGAGUCCGAAGUUGUGUCGGACUAUUUCACAAUGGUGUUGACCGUUGUGAACCAAUUGAGAAGGAACGGCGAGACACUUGAUGAUAAUCGGGUCGUGGAAAAAAUCCUACGAUCCUUGGACCACAAAUUUGAUUAUGUUGUGGCGGCCAUUGAAGAGUCCAAAGACUUGGAUACUAUGACGGUGGAUGAGCUUAUGGGUUUACUUCAAGCCCAUGAGCAAAGAAUAUUAAAGAGAAGACAAGAGCCAUUGGAGCAAGUUCUACAAGGCAAGCUCUCUAUCAAUAACAAAAAGGAGUCAAGAGGCGAAAGUAGCCAAAGAGGUCGUGGUCAUGGCCGAGGACGUGGUCAUGGUAGAGGUUGA